AGUGGUGGCCUGAGGGUAUAAAAGAGUGGUGGGAGGUUAAGUCCACGCAGAAAGUUUCAGUAGACUGCAAACAUGCUCAGGUUUCUUUUGUUGACCUCUCUCGCAGCCCUCGUGCUGGCCGAGCUGGAGCCCCAGCCCAGGUUCCUGGAGGAUGACAGUGCUGAGGAGAGAGUUGUGGGAGGUGAAGUGGCCAGACCCAACUCCUGGCCCUGGCAGAUCUCUCUUCAGUACAAAUCUGGCAGCAACUUCUACCACACCUGUGGAGGCACCCUGAUCAGGAGGGGAUGGGUCAUGACCGCCGCUCACUGUGUCGACAGUUCCAGGACUUGGCGUGUUGUUCUUGGAGAUCACAACAUCAACUCCCAAGAGGGCACUGAGCAGUACAUGAGCGUGAGCCGCGUCUACAUCCACCCCAACUGGAACUCCAACAACGUCGCCGGGGGAUGGGAUAUUGCUCUCCUGCGUCUGUCCACUGAUGCUUCUCUCAACAACAAAGUCCAGCUCGGUGCUCUGCCCCCCUCCGGUCAGGUCCUGCCCAACAAUAACCUUUGCUACAUCACCGGCUGGGGACGCACUCAGACUGGUGGUCAGCUGUCCGCUCAGCUGAAGCAGGCCUCUCCCGUUGUUGACCACAAAACCUGCACCAGCUACGGAUGGUGGGGCAGCACAGUGAAGGACUCCAUGGUUUGUGGUGGAGGCGGCAGCGAAUCUGGUUGCCAGGGUGACUCCGGCGGCCCUCUGAACUGCAGCGUCAACGGCCAGUGGGUGGUCCACGGUGUGACCAGCUUUGUGUCCUCCUCCGGCUGCAACGCCUACAGGAAGCCCACUGUCUUCACCCGUGUCUCCGCCUACAUCAGCUGGAUGAAUGGAAUCAUGGGUUGAGAAGAAGGACGAUCGCCAUGGAGACGAGCGAAAACACUCAUCUCAGUUUUCUGCCAAACUCCAUCAGAAUAAAAUCCUCUUAAAUUUGCA